GUGUCAUGAUCAAUGCUGGAAGUUUCGUUUUGUUGUUCUCUGCUGGAGUCAUCUUCUGCGAUGACAGUGUCCACACCACUGUCCUCGACCCCGACGGAAAGUAUCACAUAUCCUGGGAACUGCUCAGGGAAGAGCAGGAAAUCGUCUUCCACUUGGAGGUGCAGACCCACGGUUACGUCGGACUUGGGCUGUCUCCGAACGGUGGUAUGAACGGGAGCGAUAUUGUGACAGGAUGGAUCAAGGAUGGAAAAAUUUACUUUCAAGACCGGCAUGGAACGGGCAAUCGCUUGCCGCCCGUGGAUCGGACCCAAGACUGGCACGUGCUUUCCGGAAACGAAAACGACACUCACACCUCGCUCGUGUUCCGGCGGAAGUUGAUAACGUGCGACCAAGAAGACAUGGAAAUUGAC